GCGGAGGCUCUAUCGAUUUAAAUUUGGUUUGCCGGUGCGCGUGUCAAUAGUGGACGUGGAGCUGUCGCCGCGCGUGUUUUAGGGUUAUUGUUUUCCGUUUAUUUUCAAGCGAGAGUCUAACAACUUUGCGCGACGGACGAUGUCUGACGAAGGAAAGCCCAGGACGACCGUGGAAACGGCGAGCGCGAAUGAACCUACCGAGUUUGUGAGCGCCGUGCCGAAAAUCAGGCAGCAGUUGUUAAAAUGGAAUGGCUGGGGUUACAAGGAUUCCGGAUUUUGCAUAAACGACAAAAGUGUGGUGGAGUUUACUGGUAAUAGAUAUCCGAUUGGAAACCGACAGCUUCCAUAUUUUACAAAAUGGUGCGAAACAACUUUCGAUAUAACUUGGGAGAUGAAAAACACGUCUCAAAAUUUACCAAAGCACUUUCCAGAACCAAUUCUUUCUGCAGAAUUGUUGGAAGCUAUAAAGGAACUGACGAUCGACUAUUCUACCGAUGGUGUCGAUCGUCUGUUUCGAGCACACGGUCACACGUUGCGAGAAAUUUAUCUUUUGAAAUUUGGCUCCUUCGAAAGGAUACCGGAUAUUGUUCUGUGGCCCAAGUGCCACGAGGAUGUCGUAAAAAUUGUCAAUAUAUGUGGACGCUAUGGGACCGUUUGCAUACCUUUCGGUGGUGGAACCAGUGUCAGCCGUGCGGCGAGUUGUCCUUCGGAUGAACGUCGAACGAUAAUUUCAUUAGAUACGUCGCAAAUGAAUCGGAUAUUGUGGAUAGAUAGGGACAAUUUGCUGAUAUGCUGCGAAUCGGGCAUCAUCGGUCAGGAUCUGGAGCGAUUGCUUCGCUCCGAAGGAUUCACAUGUGGCCACGAGCCCGAUUCUUACGAAUUCUCCAGUUUAGGUGGAUGGGUGGCGACUAGGGCAAGCGGCAUGAAGAAAAACACAUACGGCAACAUUGAAGAUUUGGUCGUGCAAAUACGAAUGGUCACUGGUAGAACAGAGGAUCCCGUUAUCACUUUGGAAAGAGGUAGUCUGGUACCUCGCGUGUCUUGCGGCCCGGAUUUUGAUCAUAUGAUACUCGGCAGCGAGGGUACGCUAGGUGUUAUCACGGAGAUCAUAUUGAAGAUAAGACCGUUACCGCGAGUGGUGAAAUACGGCAGUAUUGUGUUUCCACAUUUUUUGAGCGGCGUUCAUGCGUUGCGAGAGAUCGCAAAGGAACGAUGUCAACCCGCCAGCAUACGCUUAAUGGACAAUGAGCAGUUCCAAAUGGGGCAAACUCUACGCCCGGAGUCCGGUUGGGGCAGCUUGAUCCUGCAAGGACUAAAACAUAUGUACAUCACUAAAAUAAAAGGUUUCCGAUGGGAUCAGAUGUGCGUGGCCACGCUAUUGAUGGAGGGCGACGUGGCGGCGGAUGUCGCGGCUCAGGAACGGAAAAUUUACAAGAUAGCUGAUAAGUACGGUGGCGUACCGGCAGGCGAGGCGAACGGCGAACGAGGCUACAUGUUGACGUUCGUGAUAGCGUAUAUCCGUGACCUUGCACUUGAGUUUAACGUGUUAGCGGAAUCGUUCGAGACUUCCGUUUCGUGGAAUCGUGCAUUAUCACUGUGUAAAAAUGUUAAGUCUCGUGUGACCAGGGAGUGUAAGGCGCACGGUGUUCGUAAAUAUUUUAUUUCUUGCCGCGUCACGCAGACAUACGACGCGGGUUGUUGCGUGUAUUUUUACUUGGCGAUUAGCGCAAACAUGGAGAGUCCCGUGGAAUCUUACGAGGCCAUUGAGCAUGCGGCGCGGGAGGAGAUACUCGCCAAUGGCGGCUCGAUCUCCCAUCAUCACGGAGUCGGUAAAAUACGAGCAUCAUUUUAUCCCGAAGCUGUCGGGGAAGCGGGUGUGUCUCUUUACCGAGCGACUAAGGCGCAUUUGGAUCCACAUAAUAUAUUCGCGGCGGGUAAUAUGGUUUCGGGGAAUAAAUCAAAAUUGUGAAUUUAAAAGCGUCAUCGAAGCCGUAUGUGUGACAGUGAAGAGAUCUGUAGAACUACUUCGUACUCCGUUAGUGCCGAUAAUUGAAUCUUAAUUGAAUCAUUGAAAAAUUUGAUUAUAGCAAAUUGAUAUGAUCUCGUUUCUUCGAUCGAAAGUUACAAUGUCAUAUCAACUUGUCAUUAAGAUUGUGUUUAGUGUGAUGUUUUUUUAAAUAAAAAAUUUGAUUUUCUAGAUUAAUGGCGAACGUACGUAGAUAGCAAAUACGAACAAAAUGGUAUUGUUAUUUGCUGAUUCAUCAUAAUAUAGAAAAAAAAGAGACUAGUAUAUUAUACAUUAUAAAUAAUUAUGCACCGUGGCGUCAUUUGGUACAAAUGCGGAAUUGUAAUUAUAUCGGCAUUUUUAUAAAUUAUUAUAACUAAACAAAA